GUCUCGUCUCAGAGCCGCCGCACCCGGGACGGUGUGCAGGGCUCACACCCCGGCCCUCCGAGACUUAAGCUGCCCGCCGCGGCCCCGGCGAGCCGGGCCGCUGUUCCCCGCCGUCCCCCUUCAUCCCCCGCCGCCUAGGGCGCGCCACCAUGGGGCCCCGGCUCAGCGUCUGGCUCCUGCUGCUGCUCACAGCCCUUCUGCUCCACGAGGAGCGCAGCCGGGCCGCUGCGAAGGGUGAUUGUGGUGGCUCCGGCUGUGGAAAAUGUGACUGUCAUGGUGUGAAGGGACAAAAGGGAGAAAGAGGCCUUCCAGGGUUACAAGGUGUCAUUGGGUUUCCUGGGAUGCAAGGACCCGAGGGGCCACACGGACCUCCAGGACAAAAGGGUGACACUGGAGAACCUGGACUUCCUGGCACAAAAGGGACAAGAGGACCCCCUGGAGCAUCUGGCUACCCUGGAAACCCAGGACUGCCUGGUAUUCCUGGCCAAGAUGGUCCACCAGGUCCCCCAGGUAUCCCAGGAUGCAAUGGUACAAAGGGAGAGAGAGGGCCACUCGGGCCUCCCGGCUUGCCUGGAUUCAGUGGAAACCCCGGACCACCAGGGUUACCAGGAAUGAAGGGAGAUCCUGGUGAGAUUCUCGGCCACAUUCCUGGAGCACCGUUGAAAGGCGAGAGAGGAUUUCCUGGUGCCCCAGGGACGCCGGGCUCACCAGGAUUGCCAGGACUCCAGGGACCUGUCGGCCCUCCAGGAUUUACUGGACCACCAGGUCCUCCAGGCCCUCCUGGCCCUCCUGGAGAAAAGGGGCAGAUGGGCUCUAGCUUCCAAGGACCAAAAGGUGACAAAGGCGAUCAAGGGGUCAGUGGCCCCCCAGGAGUACCUGGACAGGCACAAGCUAAAGAAAAAGGAGACUUUGCUCCAACAGGAGAAAAGGGUCAGAAAGGUGAACCUGGAUUCCAGGGACCACCAGGGGCUGGAGAGAAAGGCGAACCUGGAAAACCAGGGCCUCGGGGAAAACCUGGAAAAGAUGGAGAAAAAGGAGAAAGGGGAAGUCCGGGUUUCCCUGGCGAUUCGGGGUACCCAGGACUCCCAGGCCGGCAGGGCCCUCAGGGAGAGAAAGGUGAAGCUGGACUUCCGGGCCCCCCUGGAAAUGGGUUUGGCCCUGGGCUUCUGGGAGAAAAAGGAGAUCGAGGUUACCCUGGAUCACCUGGGUUAAGAGGAGAGCCAGGCCCUAAAGGUUUCCCUGGAAUACAAGGCCGACCAGGUCCUCCAGGCUUCCCUAUACCAGGGCAGGCUGGUGCUCCGGGCUUCCCUGGUGAAAGAGGAGAAAAAGGUGACCAAGGAGUUCCAGGCGUGUCUUUGCCAGGUCCCAGUGGAAGAGACGGGAUCCCAGGUCUUCCUGGCCCUCCUGGCCCUCCUGGGCAGCCAGGCCACACAAAUGGCAUUGUGGAGUGUCAGCCCGGACCACCCGGGGAUCAGGGUCCUCCUGGGACUCCAGGGCACCCAGGAUUGACUGGUGAAGUUGGAGAAAAGGGUCAGAAAGGAGAGGGCUGCCUGGCCUGUGAUACAGAAGGACUUCGAGGCCCCCCAGGGCCACAGGGGCCCCCAGGAGAGAUAGGUUUUCCAGGACAGCCUGGGGCCAAAGGCGACCGAGGCCUGCCUGGCAGGGAUGGUCUUGAAGGAUUGCCGGGGCCUCAAGGUGCACCAGGACUCAUGGGCCAGCCUGGAGCCAAGGGAGAGCCUGGAGAGAUAUUUUUUGACAUGCGACUUAAAGGUGACAAAGGAGACCCAGGUUUCCCAGGACAGCCCGGCAUGCCAGGAAGAGCCGGGUCCCCUGGAAGAGAUGGCCACCCAGGACUUCCUGGCCCCAAAGGCUCCCCGGGUUCCAUAGGCUUGAAAGGAGAGCGUGGUCCUCCUGGAGGAGUUGGCUUCCCUGGCAGUCGUGGCGACAUUGGCCCCCCUGGGCCUCCAGGAUAUGGUCCUAUUGGUCCCAUUGGUGACAAAGGACAAGCGGGUUUUCCAGGAGGACCUGGGUCCCCAGGCCUGCCAGGUCCAAAGGGUGAAGCAGGAACGGUAGUUCCUCUACCUGGCCCUCCUGGAGCAGCAGGACUUCCAGGGUCCCCUGGGUUCCAAGGGCCUCAAGGUGACCGAGGCUUCCCAGGAACCCCAGGACGGCCAGGCAUCCCAGGAGAGAAGGGUGCUGUGGGCCAGCCAGGGAUUGGAUUUCCUGGGCCUCCUGGCCCCAAAGGUGUUGAUGGCUUGCCUGGAGACAUGGGACCUCCUGGGACUCCAGGUCGCCCUGGAUUUAAUGGCUUACCUGGCAACCCAGGGGUGCAGGGCCAGAAGGGAGAGCCUGGCAUUGGGCUGCCAGGACUCAAAGGGCAGCCAGGUCUUCCAGGCAUUCCUGGCACACCUGGAGAGAAGGGCAGUAUCGGGGGACCAGGUGUUCCUGGAGAACAUGGCUUGAUCGGCCCUCCUGGACUUCAGGGGAUCAGAGGUGACCCAGGACCUCCUGGAGUUCAAGGCCCCGCAGGACCACCAGGAGCUCCAGGAAUAGGACCUCCUGGAGCCAUGGGUCCCCCCGGAGGACAGGGACCACCAGGGUCAUCAGGUCUACCUGGAGUGAAAGGAGAGAAAGGUUUCCCUGGAUUCCCUGGACUGGACAUGCCUGGCCCUAAAGGAGAUAAAGGGGCUCAAGGACUUCCUGGUCUCACCGGACAGUCAGGGCUCCCUGGUCUUCCUGGACAACAGGGUACUCCUGGAGUUCCAGGGUUCCCAGGUACUAAAGGAGAAAUGGGUGUCAUGGGGACCCCUGGGCAACCAGGCUCACCAGGACCAGCAGGCACCCCAGGAUUACCUGGAGUAAAAGGGGACCAUGGCUUCCCGGGCUCCUCAGGACCCAGGGGAGACCCUGGCUUUAAAGGCGAUAAAGGGGACGUCGGGCUCCCUGGCAAACCAGGAUCUAUGGAUAAAGUGGACAUGGGCAGCAUGAAGGGACAGAAGGGAGACCAAGGAGAGAAAGGACAAAUUGGACCUACUGGUGAUAAAGGUUCCCGAGGAGAUCCUGGAACCCCAGGAGUGCCUGGGAAGGAUGGACAGGCAGGGCAUCCUGGACAGCCGGGUCCUAAAGGCGACCCAGGUCUCAGCGGCACGCCAGGCUCCCCUGGACUCCCUGGACCCAAAGGAUCAGUUGGUGGAAUGGGCUUGCCAGGAACACCUGGAGAAAAAGGUGUGCCCGGCAUCCCCGGCCAGCAGGGUGCCCCAGGCUCACCUGGAGAAAAGGGGGCAAAAGGAGAGAAAGGACAGUCAGGUCUGCCUGGCAUUGGGAUUCCUGGGCGUCCUGGUGACAAGGGAGACCAGGGGCUGGCGGGUUUCCCAGGAAGCCCUGGAGAGAAAGGAGAGAAAGGCAGCACUGGGAUCCCAGGCAUGCCGGGGUCCCCAGGUCCAAAGGGGUCUCCAGGGAGCAUCGGCUAUCCAGGAAGCCCUGGGUUGCCUGGAGAAAAAGGAGACAAAGGCCUCCCAGGACUGGACGGUAUUCCUGGAGUCAAAGGAGAAGCAGGUCUCCCUGGCACGCCUGGCCCCACGGGCCCAGCUGGCCAAAAAGGAGAGCCUGGCAGUGAUGGAAUCCCAGGGUCCGCAGGGGAGAAGGGUGAACCAGGUCUACCUGGAAGAGGAUUCCCAGGCUUUACAGGGACCAAAGGAGACAAAGGUUCCAAGGGUGAAGUGGGUUUCCCUGGAUUGGCUGGAAGUCCAGGAAUUCCCGGAACCAAAGGCGAGCAAGGAUUCAUGGGUCCUCCGGGCCCUCAAGGACAGCCGGGUUUACCUGGCACUCCUGGCCACCCUGUGGCGGGGCCCAAAGGAGACCGUGGCCCUCAGGGUCAACCUGGCCUGCCAGGACAUCCGGGUCCCAUGGGGCCUCCAGGGCUCCCUGGGCUAGAUGGACUGAAAGGUGACAAGGGAAAUCCAGGCUGGCCAGGUGCUCCUGGGGUUCCAGGGCCCAAGGGAGACCCAGGAUUCCAAGGCAUGCCGGGAAUUGGUGGCUCUCCAGGGAUCACAGGUUCUAAGGGAGAUAUGGGACCACCAGGAGUCCCAGGAUUCCAAGGUCAGAAAGGUCUUCCUGGCCUCCAGGGAGUGAAAGGAGAUCAGGGAGAUCAAGGCAUACCCGGACCUAAAGGUCUCCAGGGCCCCCCUGGACCCCCAGGUCGCUACGAUGUUGUCAAAGGAGAGCCAGGGCUCCCUGGUCCCGAGGGUCCCCCAGGUCUAAAAGGACUUCAGGGACCACCAGGCCCCAAAGGACAGCAAGGCGUGACAGGCUCUGUGGGCUUACCUGGACCCCCAGGUGUUCCUGGGUUUGAUGGUGCUCCUGGCCAGAAAGGAGAGACUGGACCAUUUGGGCCUCCUGGUCCAAGAGGGUUUCCUGGUCCACCAGGCCCUGAUGGGCUGCCAGGAUCCAUGGGACCCCCAGGUACCCCAUCUGUGGACCACGGUUUCCUUGUGACCAGGCAUAGUCAGACAACCGAUGACCCACCAUGUCCUCCCGGGACCAAAAUUCUUUACCAUGGGUACUCUCUACUCUAUGUGCAAGGCAAUGAAAGGGCCCAUGGCCAGGACUUAGGCACGGCCGGCAGCUGCCUACGUAAGUUCAGCACUAUGCCCUUCCUCUUCUGCAACAUCAACAACGUCUGCAACUUUGCCUCGAGGAACGACUAUUCCUAUUGGCUAUCCACACCAGAGCCUAUGCCCAUGUCCAUGGCGCCCAUCUCUGGGGACAACAUCCGCCCCUUCAUUAGCAGGUGUGCAGUAUGCGAGGCACCAGCCAUGGUGAUGGCUGUACACAGUCAGACCAUUCAGAUUCCACAGUGCCCCAAUGGUUGGUCCUCGCUAUGGAUUGGCUAUUCCUUUGUUAUGCAUACCAGCGCUGGUGCUGAAGGUUCUGGCCAAGCCCUCGCAUCCCCUGGGUCCUGUCUGGAAGAGUUUAGAAGUGCCCCAUUCAUCGAGUGCCAUGGCCGAGGGACCUGUAAUUACUAUGCAAAUGCUUACAGCUUUUGGCUCGCCACCAUAGAGAGAAGUGAGAUGUUCAAGAAGCCCACGCCAUCCACCUUGAAGGCUGGGGAGCUGCGCACACAUGUCAGCCGCUGUCAAGUGUGUAUGAGAAGAACAUGAAGACGCCCUCCGCUGCCGUCACAACAUGGUGCUACUCCUUCCUCCUCUUCUUCCUCCUUUUUUUAUUUUUAACAGCAACGAACCCUAGAAUUCUAUCCUAUGUACCUCACUGUCCAAUAUGAAAACCAUAAAGUGCCUUAUAGGGAUUUGCAUAACUAACACACCCCGCUUCGUUGGCCUCUGUUUGCUGAAGGAGAAGACAGACAGCGAUAAGCUUUCCAUAGUGGCACAUACCAAAUGGCACUUGUGAUGAAAUAAAAGAUAAAUACUUCCUGCAAUCCAGUGCACUGAUGUGUGAGGUGAGAACUACAUCAGAAACCCAAAGGUGCUAGGGGUGCGCGGUGCCCUCCAGACAGCCCACAGCCUAUUCAUCCUGUACUUGGCAGACGAGUCCUUCAUCCCAGAUACCAGUGUCCACUGACAUCACUGCCUAGUGUUUCCAAAUCAGGGCCCUCAGUCUAUGCAAGUAGCAGUCAUGGAAACUGGUUUCUUCAACCCUCCACCUGGAAUUACGGACUCUGUAGCCAUCUUUCCAACCCUCAGACACAAACUUAUGCCCUGUGUGGUACUACGCAGCUGCUUUUGUGGAAGUUACAGCUUUCCUGUGGAAUACAGAUGGUCCAAAGGUAGAUGGAAAAUAAAUAUAUAUAUAUUUUAGUAAUUUAUAUAGAUGUCAGCAAUUAGGCAGGUCAAGUUCUAGUGUAAGUUCCACUGAUGAAAUAAAGCUUGGUUAGGUUUCCUCUCUCAGAGACUGUGCUGUCCUUUCACAGGGCUCUCAACACCAACUUUCCUCUUUCACUCUCAAACCAAAAUUGUAUUGCCAAAGCCAAACCCAGGUUCAUGAAUAUGGUGUCUAUGAUAAUGAAUCAUGUGCUGGGAGCUUACUGUUUUUAUUCUGUAUUAAGUAUUUUCAGGGUUUUAAACACUAACCACAAACUGAAUGACUUGACUUCCAAAGCAGUGACAUCAAGGCCUUUGUUAGCAUCCCUCGUUCUGCAUCCUAGCAGGAUUUUCACACCUGAGCACAUACAGGCCACUUUCCAGGCUUCUCCUGAGCUGUGUCACAGCUCCAACAGGGAGUGGACAGGCCGCAGGAGGGCAGACUCGGACCACUAUGCUUGAAGUGACAUUUCACUAAAAGUAUCCCCCAAAAAUGUUUUUAAAGACUACUAAGGCCUUCUGUGUAAUUUCUUUAAAUGUGUAUUUCUUAAGAAUUCAAAUUUGUAAUAAAACUAUUUGUAUAAAAAUUCA